AUGUACUGCCUGCCAGCAGCUCCCCUCUGCCUACUGAGCCUGCUGUUGCCACGCCUCAGUCCUGCGGCCCCCAUCUCCCCGUCAGAGCCCAUCGGUCAAGCCUACAGCCUGGCUCUCUACAUGCAGAAGAACACAUCAGCAUUGCUACAGACUUAUCUCCAGAGCCAGGGCAGCCCCUUCAGUGACCCCGGCUUCUCGGCUCCCGAGCUCCAGCUCAGCACCCUGCCUUCUGCGGCUGUCUCCUUCAAGGCCUGGCAUGCGAUGGGGGAUGCAGAGCGGCUGGGCCGAGCCCAGGAAGCCUUCCUGGCCUUGACCCAACACCUCCAGCUGGUGGGGGACGAUCAGAGUGACCUGAAUCCUGGCAGCCCUAUCCUGCUGGCCCAGCUGGGAGCGGCAAGACUCAGGGCCCAAGGCCUACUGGGCAACAUGGCGGCUAUCAUGACUGCUUUAGGGCUGCCCAUCCCUCCAGAAGAGGAUACUCUGGGGCUUGUCCCUUUUGGGGCCUCAGCCUUUGAGAGGAAAUGCCGCGGCUACAUAGUGACCCGGGAAUAUGGUCACUGGACGGACCGGGCUGUGAGGGACUUAGCUUUACUGAAGGCCAAGUACCCAGCAUAGGUGGUCAGCCUUCUAUGAGAAGUCUCAAGAAUGUCUCUUUCGGAGGACUCAUUCCUGCCUUACUUCUGAGGCUAAGAACACACCACAUCCCACUUAGCAGACAGGGCCUGUGUGCCCAGCAUUUGGGAAUAUUUCCUGGAAGUCAAACCUCUCCUCCUUAUAUUGUCUGGGUCUUCCUGCCAGGUCCUAGAGACUCCCUUCCAGAUUUGGGGGAGGGGCACUCUGGAUCCAUUUGACUUCCAUGUUUUACUUCCUGGCUGGAAAGAAGAGCCCUUCUGAAGAGGCUUUCCUCCAGGGAGAGAACAUUUGGUCUCCUGGGCUUGCCCUGAUGUUCUUUUUCCUGUAUUUGAGGAAGUCCAGGGUCUUGCUUCGUGUCUCUGUCUACCUCGAUUCCUGGGUGGAGCCCUGGCCUUUCUGAAAGGCUCUCUUCACUGGAGUCCCUCUCCUUGGUCUACCUCUCCAUUGAUGGGUUCUAUUGAGCUCUCCAGUGAUGGCAGCCCAAUGCCUGGCACGGCCACUAGGACUCAUGUGGCAUCUGUUUCCUGCUAGGAUUAUCCACUCUGUGUUCAGAACUGGCAGGUGGUAUCCCUAGCAUGUG